CCCAGUAUUCCACGCGUGAAAGAGUUUGUUGUUGGAGUUGGUUAGCGCACCGUGUAACAAGCUAAUAAACAAGUCAAAUAAUAAUAAUAAUUUAUAUGUACGGACAUGCUUUUGAGUAAGUUAGUAGCUGGAUCUGACUGUAGUUCUUUGUGAAAUCUGUGGAUGUUUGAACCAACUUUAUUCAGAACAGAAUUUCAUGAUACACCCCAACUCUUCAAAGCUGGUCUGAUUGAUUGGAGUUUGAAGAAAGAAGAUGUUGUCAGUUGAUCAGAAACAAACAGCAACAUUCGUGUUGGGGCUUGGAAUUGGCAUUGCAGUUGGAUGGAUGUUCAAGGCAAGGUUUACCAGGCGAAUAGGCAAGAUGACGGCAAAUGCUACAGAUGAUUUGUCCCGCCCACUCUUGGCAUCAGACUCAGGAGAAUACAAGAUGGUCAUCGUCGUCCGCACUGACCUCAAGAUGGGCAAAGGGAAGAUAGCAGCUCAGUGUGCUCAUGCAGCUGUAGCAGGGGCUGAGAAGGUUCGCAAUAACCAGGACCAUCUGUACAAGUGGCGGUCAAGUGGUCAGCCAAUAGUGGUCAAGACAGAUGAUGAAACAUCCUUGUUAGCACUGGCGAAGGCAGCUCAGUCAGCUGGUCUGACAACAAGUGUUAUCCAGGACGUAGGGCGCACACAGAUAGCUCCAGGGUCAAGGACAGUGCUGGGAGUUGGACCAGGUCCUGCUGAACUUGUGGACAGAGUGACUGGACAUCUCAAGCUGUUGUGACCUCUCAUGUAUAUUAUGCACAUUUACCUGUAAAUAAUCAUCUGUUUUAAUAAAUACUGACUCAAAGACA